AGCAUGAAAGCAAUUUCACACUUUAUUAGACAAUUCAGGUGCCAGCUGCACCAGCCUGGAGCGAGCACUGCUGUUCACAGCUCCUCUCCUGCUCCGCAGCCCCGGUUUCCUCUCCGUGGGGCUCAGCCCUUCCUCGGGCCACGCUGGUCCCAGCAGGCACAGGCUGGCUCUACCUGCGAGGGGGGGCUCGGGCUGCUCCUCGUGGGCCACCAUGGGCAGGUGGCAGGGAACACUGCAGCACAGGCUGGCUCUGCUGGGAGCCAGCUCAGCCUGGCAGCGUGGGCAACCCAAGCUCUGUGCCUAAAGCCACUAGGGCUGGCUGUGCCCUUCAGCACAGGUGGCCACCCUGCUCCUCCUGGCUCCCUCUCCAAGCCUUUUUGUCCUCUCCUUUCUGCACCCUGUGGUGAGGGGAUGGCUCUGGGAUUGGGGCUUGUGGCAGCUGCUUUUUCUCACACCUCCCUGCCCCGGGUGCCCCAGCAGAGCCGAGGGGCACGUGAACACCUGGGCACUCAGCCAUCCUCCUGGCAUCCCGGGAUCUCACCUGGGAAGUGUUUCGUGGCCCCGCCGUGUCCCCAGGGAGCAGCAGGCACACGGAGCAGAGCCGGAGCUGCUCCCGGCACGUGGCCGGGCUGGCACCCGCGCCCUGGGGACACUGUCACACCCCGCGGGUGGACAAUAUCCAAAUGCCUGCACGUCCAGGAUAUGAAUCAGCCCGGACAGGAGUGCAGCAGCCGCGCUGGGACACCCGGAGCUGCCCCGGAGGCAGCCAGGCAGCGCUGCCAAAUUCCGGGCGGGCUGGAGGGCAGGUCACGGGCAGCAGCGGCUGCCUGGCCCCGCUGCCACCUCCAGAUCAGCCCUGGGCAUGGCAAACCACUGGCCUGGCAUGCAUUUCCCUGUUUGCACGGCUCUGUUCCCCCAGUGCCAAGCCGUGGCAUAGUGGCACCGAGCCAGGGCCAUGCCUAACCUUGACCUGGCCUCCUGGCAAGCAGCCGGCCCUGCCCAGCUGUCCCCCCAUGCCCCCAGGCACAGGCAUGUUCCACCGGGCCAGCCAGAGCAUUCCUCCCGGGAGAGCCUGUCCUUGAGAGGCUAUUUAAAGGAACACUUGUGCCCUUUAUCCCCCACCAUGUCUGGGCUGGAAGAGCCCCAUGCCCUCCCGUGACUCCGAGAGGGCAAUUCCAGGCUCUGGGCAGCAGCAGUGCCGUGAGUUUGGGUGAAUUCAGGGAGAAGGGAGGGGUGCAGGCACCCAUGUCCUGCAGCCAAGCACAAGGCCCCAUCCUGGGGACAGACCCCUGGGAAAGGUCCCCCGGCCAUUGAGGCUGGCAGCAGGGCUGGGGGGAACUGCAGAGCCCAGCUCACCCCUUGGCACCCACAGGCUGCAGGAGCCACAUGAACUCAUUGCCCUCUUCCUGCUGGAUGUGCAGCCCAGCCCUGACCACCCCAGACCUCCUUCCAGUGGGAAGAUGGGGGCCCAGGCAGCAGCUGGCUCAGCACUCCUUGUGCCACCGUCACCUUUCAGCCCCCAAGGGGUCUCAGGCACCCGAGGGCUGUGAAGCAGGACCUGCCCCUCUGCUGCCAUGGCUGGCACAGGGCUGAUUGCUUGUACACACCACCGAGCUGGCAGGAAAGUGACUUGGGAGGGAAACCCGACCUGGUGGGAUUUGAUUAGGGAUGGAAAAAUCCAGAGGAGCCACCUGCAGGGAGCUGGUGGGGUGAGCCCUGUGGCUGCAGGGCCUGGGCUGGGUGGGCAAGCUCAAUGACCCUUGUCCCCCAGCCUACUCAUUUUCCCUUGCUGAGGAGCCCACCAGCCUUUCCCCAUGCUGGGAGCAUCCCCAGGACACGUCCCAGCUCUGUCACUGCUGUCCCCUCCCAGGUUUGCUGUAGGUGAGCAUUUCCUUGGGCCUUUCAAUGGCACCCAGGCAGAGGUGGCUGCCCCCCAGCCACCCCACAGGUCCAGGUGAAUGGAGGCUGAGCCCCACUCUGCCUCACACCAGACCCCAGCCACACACGGGGGACGCACAGGACACUGCCUGGGGCUGUCCCCACCCGCCUGGCACCUGCUCAGGGUUGGGUGAGGCCAUGCCAGCCCUGCCCCACUGCCCAUCCCGCGGCCACGGCUGCACUGGGGAGCCCGCGGGGAGCCCGUGGGUGGCCGGGCGUGCUGCUGCCCCUGGGCAGGGCAGGGCAGGGCAGGGCAGGACAGGGCAGGACAGCUGGCACGGGCACCUUUGAUGUGGGCAGCCCAGGAGCCCAGGGCAGCCGGGGCGACGCCAGCCGGGUGCUCCACUGGCCCCAGUGAGGGAUGGGCAGUGUGUGGUGCCAGUCACAGGGGGCACCUGAAGUCCCCUCUGGCACCACGGCAGGGCUGCCCACCUCAGCCCCUCAGCAUCCCAUAACAGUGCAACCGCGGGGAAACUGAGGCACAGACACCUCGGGAAUGGUGGGAGGGGGCUCUCUCCCUUCUCAAACCAAGCCUUAGGCCAGGACCGACACGGAUUGAUUGUCCCAAAAACCUCUUCCAUGGGACCUGUGUCAGCCGGCCGGGGAUCCGUGCGGGUGGCAGGGGGACGGGGGCCCCGGGAGGGCCGGGGGUGGCGAUCUCCGUCCCCCCGCGCGGGGCGGACCCCGGGCGGUGCCCCCGCACCAGCGCUCCCAGUCCGGGCCGGGCGGGCACUGGGAGCGGGUGCGGGGCGCCCUCUGGCGGCUGCAGCCCAGCGCUGCCACAGGGCUCAGGGCGCCCAGGGAGCCAAAUUCUCAGGUACUCAAGUGCCCAAAUAGCCAAAUUCUCAGGGGCCCAGUUUCUCAGGCUCUCAGUUUCUCAGGUACUCAAGUGCCCAAAUAACCAAAUUCUCAGGUGCUCAGGUGUCCACCUGCCCAGUGCCCAGGUGCUCAGGUGCCGGAGUGUCCCAGUGCCCAGGUGUCCAAGUUUCCCCUGCCUGGCAGAGGACCCCUCUUCAGUGCGGCUCCCUUGCUGCUCAAUCCUGCUCUAAGCAGGGACGAUGCUGCCUCAUCUCCCCAGGACACAUUUGUCACUUGCAGGGAUUGCAGCAAAUCCCUGGAUAACUGCAGCCACCUGCCCUCACUCCCUGGUGCUGCUUUGCUUUGUGCCAACACACACCAGACCUGGCACCCUCAUACCUCCUGUCAAAAGGUGCCUCCCAAGUGCCAUCCUUGUACCCGUGUCCCCCGGGUGCCUCCCACCACCUUCCCAGCCGAGGGC